AUGCCCUCUGAUUCUUUUUGUUUGGUUGCCCAAUCUCGACUUGACUCCAAAUGGUUAAAAACAGAUAUACAGUUGGCGUUCACAAAAGAUGGACUCUGUGGUCUUUGGAAUGAGAUGGUUAAAGAUGGAGAAAUCCUGUAUACUGGAACAGAAUUGACACUGAAUGGAGAACUCCCUGCUAGAAAAGAUGAUGCUAUUGAUAGUCAGAAUGGAACAAAGAAAGAAGAUCUGAAUGACAAAGAGAAAAAGGAUGAGGAAGAAACUCCUAUGCCCGCAUAUAGGGCCAGAUCAAUCCUGGAGAGCUGGGUGUGGGGAAAGCAACCAGAUGUGAGUGAACUUAAGGAAUGUCUUACUGUGCUAGUCAAAGAGCAGCAAGCUUUGGCCUUCCAAUCAGCUACCACCACCCUCUCAGCCCUAAGACUCAAGCAGAGGCUAGUGAUAUUGGAACGCUACUUCAUUGCCUUGAAUAGGACUGUUUUUCAGGAGAAUGUCAAGAUUAAGUGGAAAAGCAGCAGUAUUUCUUUGCCUCCUGUGGACAAAAAAAGUUCCCGACCCACGGGCAAAGGAGUUGAAGGACUGGCGAGAGUUGGAUCCAGAGCAGCCCUUUCUUUUGCCUUUGCAUUCUUACGCAGAGCAUGGCGAUCAGGUGAGGAUGCAGACCUGUGCAGUGAGCUGUUGCAGGAGUCCCUGGAUGCCCUGCGAGCGCUUCCCGAGGCCUCCCUCUUUGAUGAGAGCACCGUGUCCUCUGUGUGGCUAGAGGUUGUGGAAAGAGCGACUAGAUUCCUCCGGUCUGUCGUGACAGGGGAUGUCCAUGGAACACCUGGCACCAAAGGACCAGGGAGUAUCCCCCUCCAGGACCAGCACUUGGCCCUGGCCAUCCUGUUGGAGCUGGCUGUGCAGAGGGGCACACUGAGCCAAAUGUUAUCUGCCAUCAUGUUGUUGCUUCAGUUGUGGGACAAUGGGGCCCAGGAAACUGACAAUGAGCGGUCUGCACAGGGCACCAGUGCCCCUCUGCUGCCCUUGCUACAGAGGUUUCAAAGCAUCCUUGGCAAUAAGGACAUGCUGCCUCCAGAGGCUGAUGUUCAUUUCUUAGCUGGCCCUCUGAGCCCCAAUGAGAGUUUCCUAAGGUAUCUUACACUACCACAAGACAAUGAGCUGGCCAUUGACUUGCGACAGACGGCAGUUGUUAUCAUGGCCCAUCUAGACCGUCUGGCAACCCCGUCUAUGCCUCCUCUGUGUAGUUCUCCAACGUCUCACAAGGGAUCAUUGCAAGAGGUUAUAGGUUGGGGUUUAAUAGGAUGGAAAUACUAUGCCAAUGUGAUUGGUCCCAUUCAGUGUGAAGGCCUUUCCAGCCUAGGAGUCACACAGAUUGCCUGUGCAGAGAAGCGUUUUCUCAUCUUGUCGCGGAGUGGCCGUGUGUACAUGCAGGCCUACAACAGUGAUGUGCUGGCCCCACAGCUGGUCCAGGGUCUUGCCUCUAGAAACAUUGUGAAAAUUGCUGCACAUUCUGAUGGCCACCAUUACCUGGCUUUGGCAGCCACUGGAGAGGUUUACUCCUGGGGCUGUGGGGAUGGGGGCCGACUAGGCCAUGGUGAUACUGUACCUCUGGAGGAGCCUAAGAUGAUCUCUGCUUUUUCUGGAAAGCAGGCUGGGAAGCAUGUUGUGCACAUUGCUUGCGGAAGCACAUACAGUGCGGCCAUCACUGCUGAGGGGGAGCUGUACACCUGGGGCCGGGGAAACUAUGGCCGACUAGGCCAUGGCUCCAGUGAAGAUGAGGUCAUUCCAGUGCUUGUAGCUGGGCUGAAAGGACUGAAGGUUAUCGAUGUGGCAUGUGGGAGUGGGGAUGCUCAGACUUUGGCUGUGACUGAGAACGGUCAAGUGUGGUCUUGGGGAGAUGGUGACUAUGGGAAAUUGGGCAGAGGUGGUAGUGAUGGGUGCAAAACGCCAAAAUUAAUUGAAAAACUCCAAGACUUGGAUGUUGUCAAAGUACGCUGUGGAAGUCAAUUUUCUAUUGCUUUGACAAAAGAUGGCCAAGUUUAUUCAUGGGGAAAAGGUGACAAUCAGAGACUUGGUCAUGGAACAGAGGAACAUGUUCGUUAUCCAAAACUAUUGGAAGGCUUGCAAGGGAAAAAAGUGAUUGAUGUGGCUGCGGGGUCUACACACUGCCUUGCUUUGACUGAGGACAGUGAGGUCCACAGCUGGGGAAGCAACGACCAAUGUCAGCACUUUGACACCUUACGUGUAACCAAACCAGAACCUGCUGCACUGCCAGGUCUGGAUACAAAGCACAUUGUUGGAAUUGCCUGUGGGCCUGCCCAGAGUUUUGCUUGGUCAUCUUGUUCUGAAUGGUCCAUUGGCCUCCGUGUUCCUUUUGUGGUAGACAUCUGCUCGAUGACAUUUGAGCAGUUAGAUCUCCUACUACGUCAAGUGAGUGAGGGGAUGGAUGGCACUGCUGACUGGCCCCCACCCCAAGAGAAAGAGUGCAUGGCUGUAGCAAUGCUGAAUCUUCUACGACUUCAGGUUGAUGUGUUACAGGAUAUUGAAGCCAAAAAAGAAGCUCAGAAGGAGAAAGAAAUUGAUGAGCAGGAAGCGAAUUCCUCGUCAUUUCACAGAAGUAGAAUUCCAUUGGAUAAAGAUCUUAUUAAUACGGGGAUCUAUGAGUCUUCUGGAAAACAGUGCUUGCCUCUGGUUCAGCUUGUGCAGCAGCUUCUUAGAAACAUUGCUUCUCAGACUGUGGCCCGAUUGAAAGAUGCUGCUCGCCGUAUCUCAUCAUGUCUGGACUUUGAGCGGCACAGUCAUGAAAGAUCUGCUUCCUUGGACUUGUUAUUGCGCUUUCAGCGUUUACUUAUCAGUAAACUCUAUCCAGGAGAGAAUAUUGGUCAGUUCUCAGAUACUUCUAGUCCUGAUCUAAUGGGCGUGGGCUCCUUGCUGAAAAAGUAUACAGCCCUUCUGUGCACACACAUUGGAGAUAUACUGCCUGUGGCAGCUAGCAUCGCUUCUACUAGCUGGCGGCAUUUUGCAGAAGUGGCCUAUAUCAUGGAAGGAGAUUUCACUGGUGUUCUCCUUCCAGAACUAGUAGUGUCUGUAAUGCUUUUGCUCAGUAAAAAUGCUGGUCUCAUGCAAGAGUCUGGAGCUGUUCCUCUAUUGGGUGGACUGUUAGAACAUCUGGAUCGAUUCAAUCACUUGGCACCAGGAAAAGAAAGGGAUGAUCAUGAAGAUUUAGCUUGGCCUGGCAUAAUGGAGUCAUUUUUUACAGGUCAGAAUUGUAGAAAUAAUGAGGAGGUGACACUUAUCCGCAAAGCUGAUUUGGAGAACCACAAUAAAGAUGGUGGCUUCUGGACAGUGAUUGAUGGGAAAGUGUAUGACAUCAAAGAUUUUCAGACACAAUCUUUAACAGGAAAUAGCAUUCUUGCUCAAUUUGUAGGGGAAGACCCAGUGGUUGCUCUGGAAGCUGCUCUGCAGUUUGAAGAUACGCAGGAAUCUAUGCAUGCGUUUUGUGUGGGCCAGUACUUGGAGCCUGACCAAGAAAUCAUUACCAUACCAGACCUGGGAAGUUUCUCUUCACCUCUCAUAGACACAGAGAGAAAUUUGGGCCUUCUUCUUGGAUUACAUGCUUCCUAUUUAGCAAUGAGCACACCGCUGUCUCCUGUGGAGGUUGAAUGUGCCAAGUGGCUCCAGUCAUCCGUCUUCUCUGGAGGCCUGCAGACCAGCCAGAUCCACUACAGUUACAAUGAGGAGAAGGAUGAAGAUCACUGCAGCUCUCCUGGUAGCAUGUCUGCCAAUAAAUCUCGACUCUGUGUGCACAGAUGGGCCCUAGGUGACCAUUCCCAGGCCUUCCUGCAGGCCAUCGCUGAUAACAACAUGCAAGACCACACUGUCAAGGACUUUCUGUGUCAAAUAGAACGGUAUUGUAAGCAAUGCCACUUGACUACACCAAUCACAUUUCCUCCUGAGCAUCCCGUGGAAGAGGUCGGCCGCUUGCUGCUAUGUUGCCUCUUAAAGCAUGAGGAUUUAGGUUAUGUGGCACUGUCUUCAGUACACACAGGUAUUGAGCAAAUAAAACAUAGAGUACUACCUAAAUCAGUGGUGGAUGUUUGUAGAGUUGUCUACCAAGCAAAAUGCUCACUAAUUAAGACACACCAAGAACAGGGCCGUUCAUACAAGGAGGUCUGUGCUCCUGUCAUUGAACGUUUGAGAUUCCUGUUUAAUGAAUUGAGACCUGCAGUUUGUAAUGACCUUUCCAUAAUGUCUAAGUUUAAGCUGUUAAGUUCUUCCCCUCGUUGGAGGAGGAUAGCUCAAAAGAUAAUUCGAGAACGAAGGAAAAAAAAAGUUCCUAAAAAACCAGGAUCUACUGAUGAUGAAGAAAAAAUUGGAAAUGAAGAGAGUGAUUUAGAAGAAGCUUGCAUUUUGCCUCACAGUCCUAUAAAUGUGGACAAAAGACCCAUUACAAUUAAAUCGCCCAAGGAUAAAUGGCAACCGCUGCUGAGUACAGUUACAGGUGUUCACAAGUACAAGUGGCUGAAGCAGAAUGUCCAGGGUCUCUAUCCACAGUCUGCACUCUUAAGUACAAUUGCUGAAUUUGCUCUUAAAGAAGAGCCGGUGGAUGUGGAAAAAAUGAGGAAGUGCUUGUUAAAACAGUUGGAGAGAGCAGAGGUUCGGCUGGAAGGGAUAGAUACAAUUUUAAAACUGGCAACCAAAAAUUUCUUACUUCCAUCUGUGCAGUAUGCUAUGUUUUGUGGAUGGCAAAGACUUAUUCCUGAGGGGAUCGACAUAGGGGAACCCCUUACGGAUUGUUUAAAGGAUAUUGAUCUGAUUCCACCUUUUAAUCGAAUGCUGCUGGAGGUAACUUUUGGCAAGCUGUAUUCUUGGGUUGUUCAGAAUGUUCGAAAUAUUUUGAUGGAUGCAAAUGCCAAAUUUAAAGAGUUUGGUAUCCAGCCUGUUCCUCUGCAAACUAUUACCAAUGAGAAUCCAUCGGGACCAAGCCUGGGGACGAUCCCACAAGCUCGCUUUCUCUUGGUGAUGCUUAGCAUGCUGACCCUUCAGCAUGGUGCAAACAACUUGAACCUCCUGUUGAACUCGGGCAUGCUUGCUCUCACACAGACAAUACUACGGCUGAUCGGCCCUAGUUCUGACAAUGUAGAAGAAGAUAUGAAUGCAUCUGCCCGAGGAGCCUCAGCCACUGUCCUGGAAGAAACAAGAAAGGAGACGACUCCUGUGCAACUCCCCGUGUCAGGCCCUGAACUGGCGGCUAUGAUGAAGAUUGGAACCAGGGUCAUGAGAGGUGUAGACUGGAAAUGGGGAGAUCAGGAUGGACCUCCUCCUGGCCUGGGCCGUGUUAUUGGUGAGUUGGGAGAGGAUGGCUGGAUAAGGGUCCAGUGGGACACAGGCAGCACCAACUCAUACAGAAUGGGUAAAGAAGGAAAGUAUGACCUCAAGUUAUCAGAGCUCCCGGCUUCUGCACAGCCCUUGGCAGUGGAUUCAGACACCGAGGAUGACUCCGAAGGAGAACAAAUUGAAAGGAACAUUCAUCCUACUUCAGUGAUGCUUAAAAGUACUGUUAAUUUACUACAAACUCUUUGUCUUUCUGCUGGAGUAUAUGCUGAAGUCAUGCAGAAUGAAGCCACUAAGACUUUGUGUGGACUGCUCCGCAUGCUAGUGGAAAGUGGGACAACAGACAAGACAGUUCUACCGAACAACCUAGUAUAUAGAGAGCAGCAUAGGAGCUGGUGUACGCUUGGGUUUGUGCGGAGCAUUGCUCUCACACCACAGAUGUGUGGUGCCCUUAGUUCCCCACCCUGGAUCACCCUGCUAAUGCAGAUCAUGGAAGGGCAUGCACCUUUCACUGCUGCAUCACUGCAGAGGCAGAUCUUAGCUGUACAUUUAUUGCAAGCAGUACUUCCAUCAUGGGACAAGACUGAGAGGUCAGGAGAUAUGAAAUGCCUUGUGGAAAAGCUGUUUGGUUUCUUGGGCAGUUUGCUUACUACAUGUUCUUCAGAUAUCCCACUGCUCAGAGAAUCCACUCUGAGGAGAAGGAGAGCCCGUCCGCAGGCCUCCCUGACAGCCACUCACAGCAGCACUCUGGCAGAAGAGGUGGUGGUACUGCUUAGGAUGUUGCAUUCCUUGAGUCAGUGGAAUGGACUCCUAAACAAGUACAUCAACUCUCAGCUCCACUCUAUCACCUUGGAUGCAGAGAAGCAAUCAGAAGGGGUCUUGCUGGAGGACCGGUUCCCUAACUCUGAGAGCCCUGAGGUGGGUGGCCUCAUGGCUGUGCUGGCUGUGAUUGGGGGAAUUGAUGGCCGUCUGCGCCUUGGGGGCCAGGUCAUGCAUGAUGAGUUUGGAGAAGGCACUGUCACGCGCAUCACUCCAAAGGGCAAAAUCACUGUGCAGUUCUCCGAGAUGCGGGCAUGUCGUGUUUGUCCACUGAGCCAGCUCAAGGCGCUCCCAGCUGUGGCGUUCAGUGUGACCAACCUGCCUUUCACGGAGCCCAUGCUCUUGGUGUGGGCUCAGCUGGUGAACCUCGCGGGAAGCAAAUUGGAAAAGCACAAAAUAAAGAAAUCACCUAAACAGGCCUUUGCAGGACAAGUGGACCUGGACCUGCUGCGAUGCCAGCAGCUGAAGCUGUACAUACUGAAAGCAAGUCGUGCACUACUUUCCCACCAAGAUAAACUUCGGCAGAUCUUAUCCCAACCAACUCUUCAGGAGAUGGGAACUAUUCAUACAGAUGAUGGAGCUGCUACAUCCCCUGACACCGGGGACAUGUCUCCUGAAGGGCCCCAGCCCCCCCUAACCCUCUUGCAGCAGUUACUGGCAUCAGCCACCCAGCCAUCUCCAGUAAAGGCCAUAUUUGAUAAGCAAGAACUGGAGGCAGCUGCUCUGGCUGUGUGCCAGUGUUUAGCUGUGGAGUCCACACACCCAUCAAGCCCUGUGUGUGAGGACUGCAGCUCUAGUGAGGCUACAACGCCUGUCACAGCACAGCACACGCGCCCCAUCAGAGUACGGAAGCGGAAGCAGUCACCUAUCCCAGCUCUCCCCAUCAUCGUUCAGCUUAUGGAAAUGGGAUUUCCUAGAAGAAACAUUGAGUUUGCACUGAAAUCUCUUACUGGUGCUUCUGGGAAUACUUCAGUGUUGCCUGGUGUUGAGGCAUUGGUCGGGUGGCUGCUGGACCACUCUGACAUCCAGAUCACUGAUCUCUCAGAUGCAGAAACAAUGUCAGAUGAGUAUUCAGAUGAGGAGAUGAUGGAAGACGUGGAUGAUGCAGCUUAUCCUGUGUCUACUGGUGCUGUUGUAACGGAGAGCCAGACUUACAAAAAACGAGCUGAUUUCUUAAGCAAUGAUGAUUAUGCUGUGUAUGUGAGAGAAAAUAUUCAGGUGGGAAUGAUGGUUAGAUGCUGUCGAACAUAUGAGGAAGUUUGUGAAGGCGACGUGGGAAAAGUUAUCAAACUGGACAGAGAUGGAUUACAUGAUCUCAAUGUGCAGUGUGAUUGGCAACAGAAAGGAGGCACUUACUGGGUUAGAUAUAUUCACGUUGAACUUAUCGGCUAUCCACCACCAGGUUCUCCUUCUCACAUCAAGAUUGGUGAUAAAGUACGGGUCAAAACUUCAGUUACUACACCAAAAUACAAAUGGGGAUCUGUAACUCAUCAAAGCAUGGGGGUUGUGAAAGCUUUCAGUGCCAAUGGAAAAGAUGUUAUUGUCGAUUUUCCUCAGCAGUCCCACUGGACAGGGUUGUUAUCAGAAAUGGAGUUGGUACCUAGUAUUCAUCCUGGGGUUACGUGUGAUGGAUGUCAGAUGUUUCCUAUCAAUGGAUCUAGAUUUAAAUGCAGAAACUGUGAUGACUUUGAUUUUUGUGAAACGUGUUUCAAGACCAAAAAACACAACAUCAAGCAUACAUUUGGCAGAAUAAAUGAACCAGGACAGUCUGCAGUAUUUUGUGGCCGUUCUGGAAAACAGCUGAAGCGGUGCCACAGCAGUCAGCCUGGAAUGCUGCUCGACAGCUGGUCCCGCAUGGUGAAGAGCCUCAAUGUGUCAUCUUCUGUGAACCAGGCAGCUCAUCUGAUCGAUGGCAGCGAGCCCUGCUGGCAGUCAUCUGGGUCACAAGGAAAGCAUUGGAUUCGUUUGGAGAUUUUCCCAGAUGUUCUUGUUCAUAGAUUAAAAAUGAUAGUAGAUCCUGCUGACAGUAGCUACAUGCCAUCCCUGGUUGUAGUGUCAGGUGGAAAUUCUCUAAAUAACCUAAUUGAACUAAAGACUAUCAAUAUUAACCCCACUGACACCACUGUGCCCCUUCUGAGUGACUGCACAGAAUAUCACAGGUAUAUUGAAAUUGCUAUAAAACAGUGCAGGAGCUCAGGAAUUGAUUGUAAAAUCCAUGGUCUUAUCAUCCUGGGACGGAUUCGUACAGAAGAAGAAGAUUUGGCUGCAGUUCCUUUUUUAGCUUCAGACAACGAAGAGGAAGAGGAUGAUAAAGGCAGUAGUGGGAGCCUUAUGAGAAAGAAGGCUGCAGGACUGGAAUUGGCUGCUACGAUAAGAACCAAAGUGUUUGUGUGGGGGCUGAACGACAAGGACCAGCUGGGCGGACUGAAGGGCUCUAAGAUAAAAGUUCCUUCAUUCUCUGAGACCCUGUCUGCUUUGAAUGUAGUACAGGUAGCUGGAGGUUCUAAAAGUUUGUUUGCAGUAACUGUAGAAGGGAAGGUCUAUGCCUGUGGAGAAGCCACCAACGGGCGGCUAGGGCUUGGCCUCUCCAGUGGGACUGUGCCCAUCCCACGGCAGAUAACAGCCCUAAGCAACUACAUGGUGAAGAAGGUGGCUGUGCACUCAGGUGGCCGGCACGCUGCAGCUUUAACUGUCGAUGGCAAAGUGUUUUCAUGGGGUGAAGGUGAUGAUGGAAAACUUGGACACUUUAGCAGAAUGAACUGUGACAAGCCCAGACUGAUUGAGGCCCUGAAAACAAAGCGCAUCCGGGACAUCGCCUGUGGGAGCUCUCACAGUGCAGCCAUCACAUCCAGCGGGGAGCUGUACACCUGGGGCCUUGGAGAGUAUGGCCGUUUAGGGCAUGGGGAUAAUACUACACAACUGAAACCUAAAAUGGUGAAAGUCCUUCUUGGUCACAGAGUAAUCCAGGUUGCAUGUGGAAGUAGAGAUGCACAGACUCUGGCUUUGACUGAUGAAGGUUUGGUAUUUUCAUGGGGUGAUGGUGACUUUGGAAAAUUGGGCCGUGGAGGAAGUGAAGGCUGUAACAUUCCCCAGAACAUUGAACGAUUGAAUGGACAAGGGGUUUGCCAGAUUGAGUGUGGUGCUCAAUUUUCCUUGGCUCUUACAAAAUCUGGAGUGGUGUGGACCUGGGGCAAGGGGGAUUACUUCAGGCUGGGUCAUGGCUCUGACGUCCAUGUGAGGAAGCCUCAGGUGGUAGAAGGGCUGAGAGGGAAGAAGAUCGUGCACGUGGCUGUUGGUGCCCUGCAUUGCCUAGCUGUUACUGACGCAGGGCAGGUAUAUGCUUGGGGUGACAAUGACCAUGGACAACAGGGCAAUGGCACAACCACAGUCAAUAGAAAGCCCACACUUGUACAAGGCCUUGAAGGGCAGAAAAUCACACGUGUGGCCUGCGGGUCAUCCCAUAGUGUGGCGUGGACAACUGUUGAUGUAGCAACGCCUUCUGUCCAUGAACCAGUUCUCUUCCAAACUGCAAGAGAUUCUUUAGGUGCUUCCUAUUUAGGCGUACCUUCAGAUGCUGAUUCUCCUGCAGUCAGUAAUAAAAUCAGUGGUGCAAAUAAUCCUAAGCCAAACCGCCCUUCUCUUGCCAAGAUUCUCUUGUCAUUGGAUGGAAAUCUGGCCAAACAGCAGGCCUUAUCUCAUAUACUAACAGCAUUGCAAAUCAUGUAUGCCAGAGAUGCAGUAGUAGGAGCUCUGAUGCCAGCUGGCAUGAUGGCACCAGUGGAGUGUCCUUCAUUCUCAUCCGUACCACCUUCUUCCGAUAUGUCUGUUAUGGCCAGUCCUGUGAGUGGAGAAGAAUGUGUGCUGGCUGUUGAUAUUGAAGACAGAUUGAGUCCAAAUCCAUGGCAAGAAAAGAGAGGAGAGAUAAUUUCUUCUGAAGAUGCUGGAACUCCCUCUGCAGUGACUCCCUCUGCUUCUUCAGCUUCUUCCCGGCCAUUCAUUCCUGUAACAGAUGAUCCAGGAGCUGCCAGCAUAAUUGCAGAAACCAUGACUAAAACUAAAGAGGAUGUUGAAAGCCAAAAUAAAGUGUCAGGCCCAGAACCUCAAUACCUGGAUGAGUUCACCAGUCUGUUAAUAGCAGACGACACCCGGGUCUUGGUGGACCUGCUCAAGCUGUCUGUCUGUAGCCGGGCUGGGGAGAGGGGCAAGGACGUGCUCUCAGCUGUUUUGUCUGGCAUGGGUACUGCUUACCCCCAGGUGGCAGAUAUGUUGUUGGAACUCUGUGUAACUGAGUUAGAAGAUGUAGCGACAGACUCGCAGACUGGGCGCCUUUCCUCCCAGCCAGUGGUUGUGGAGAGCAGCCAUCCCUACACCGAUGACACGUCCAUCAGUGGCACAGUGAAAAUACCAGGUGCAGAAGGACUCAGGGUGGAAUUUGAUAGACAGUGCUCCACAGAGCGGCGCCACGACCCUCUCACUAUUAUGGACAGUGUCAACAGGAUCGUCUCAGUGCGAUCAGGCCGUGAGUGGUCUGACUGGUCUAGUGAGCUGCGCAUCCCGGGGGAUGAGUUGAAGUGGAAGUUCAUUAGCGAUGGAUCUGUGAAUGGAUGGGGCUGGCGCUUCACUGUCUACCCCAUCAUGCCUGCUGCAGGCCCAAAAGACCUCCUUUCUGACCGCUGCAUCCUCUCCUGUCCAUCCAUGGACCUGGUGACAUGUCUACUUGACUUUCGGCUCAACUUUGCCUCUCACAGGAGCAUCAUCCCUCGUCUGGCAGCCUCCCUUGCAGCAUGUGCACAACUGAGUGCUUUAGCUGCCAGUCAUAGGAUGUGGGCCCUUCAAAGACUGAGGAAGCUGCUCACCACCGAGUUUGGGCAGUCCAUCAACAUAAACAGGCUACUUGGUGAUAAUGAUGGAGAAACAAGAGCUUUGAGUUUUACAGGCAGUGCUCUAGCUGCUUUGGUAAAAGGCCUUCCAGAAGCUUUGCAGAGGCAGUUUGAAUAUGAAGAUCCUAUUGUGAGAGGUGGCAAACAACUGCUCCACAGCCCAUUUUUUAAGGUACUGGUAGCUCUUGCUUGUGACCUGGAACUGGACACUCUCCCUUGCUGUGCUGAGACGCACAAGUGGGCUUGGUUCAGAAAGUACUGCAUGGCCUCACGUGUUGCUGUGGCCCUGGAUAAAAGAACACCAUUGCCCCACCUAUUUCUGGAGGAGGUGGCUAAGAAAAUUCGUGAGUUAAUGGCCGACAGUGAAAACCUCGAUGUUCUCCAUGAGAGCCAUGAUAUUUUUAAAAGAGAACAAGAUGAACAACUUGUGCAGUGGAUGAACAGGAGACCAGAUGACUGGACUCUUUCUGCUGGUGGCAGUGGCACUAUUUAUGGAUGGGGCCAUAACCAUAGGGGGCAGCUUGGAGGCAUUGAAGGUGCCAAAGUUAAAGUUCCCACUCCAUGUGAAGCCCUUGCAACUCUCAGACCAGUGCAGCUAAUUGGAGGGGAACAGACUCUCUUUGCUGUGACAGCUGAUGGGAAGCUGUAUGCCACUGGUUAUGGUGCAGGAGGCAGACUAGGAAUUGGAGGAACAGAGUCUGUAUCUACCCCAACGUUGCUUGAAUCCGUUCAGCAUGUGUUUAUUAAAAAAGUAGCAGUGAACUCAGGAGGAAAACACUGUCUUGCCCUCUCUUCAGAAGGAGAAGUUUACUCUUGGGGUGAGGCAGAAGAUGGGAAGUUGGGACAUGGCAACAGAAGUCCAUGUGACCGCCCUCGUGUGAUUGAGUCUCUCAGAGGAAUUGAAGUGGUCGAUGUUGCUGCAGGUGGAGCCCACAGUGCAUGCGUCACAUCAGCUGGGGACCUUUACACAUGGGGCAAAGGCCGAUAUGGUCGCUUGGGGCACAGUGACAGUGAAGACCAGCUGAAGCCAAAGUUGGUGGAAGCCCUCCAGGGCCACCACGUGGUGGACAUUGCUUGUGGCAGUGGCGACGCCCAGACCCUUUGCCUCACUGAUGAUGACACUGUUUGGUCGUGGGGGGAUGGGGACUAUGGCAAGCUUGGCCGAGGAGGCAGCGAUGGCUGUAAAAUGCCAAUGAAGAUUGACUCACUCACAGGUCUUGGUGUGGUCAGAGUGGAAUGUGGAUCCCAGUUCUCUGUCGCACUUACCAAGUCGGGAGUGGUUUACACUUGGGGCAAAGGAGAUUACCACAGGCUGGGCCAUGGAUCCGACGACCAUGUUAGAAGACCUCGGCAAGUCCAAGGGCUGCAGGGAAAGAAAGUCAUUGCCAUUGCUACUGGCUCCCUGCACUGCGUGUGCUGCACAGAGGACGGUGAAGUUUAUACAUGGGGUGACAAUGAUGAGGGACAGCUGGGUGAUGGGACCACAAACGCCAUCCAGAGGCCACGGUUGGUAGCUGCUCUCCAAGGCAAGAAGGUCAACCGCGUGGCCUGUGGUUCAGCACACACUCUUGCCUGGUCAACCAGCAAGCCUGCCAGCGCUGGAAAACUCCCUGCACAGGUCCCUAUGGAGUAUAAUCACUUGCAAGAAAUCCCAAUAAUAGCACUGCGGAACCGGCUGCUGCUGCUGCACCAUAUCUCAGAGCUUUUCUGUCCUUGUAUCCCCAUGUUUGACCUUGACAGGUGUCUCCAUGAAACUGGGCUUGGACCUUCAGUUGGAUUUGACACACUGCGAGGAAUUCUGAUAUCCCAGGGAAAGGAGGCAGCUUUCCGAAAAGUCGUGCAAGCAACCAUGGUGCGAGACCGUCAGCACGGCCCUGUGGUGGAGUUGAACCGGAUCCAGGUUAAACGCUCAAGGAGUAAAGGUGGGCUAGCAGGCCCUGAUGGCACAAAGUCUGUGUUUGGGCAGAUGUGUGCUAAAAUGAGUGCCUUUAGUCCAGAUAGCCUCCUACUCCCACACCGAGUUUGGAAAGUCAAGUUUGUGGGUGAGUCAGUGGACGACUGCGGUGGUGGAUACAGUGAGUCCAUAGCUGAGAUCUGUGAGGAGCUUCAGAAUGGACUCACUCCUCUUCUGAUUGUGACGCCCAAUGGCAGAGAUGAGUCUGGAGCCAACCGGGACUGCUACUUGCUCAGCCCUGCUGCCCGGGCACCUGUGCACAUGAGCAUGUUCCGCUUUCUGGGUGUGUUACUGGGCAUUGCCAUCCGCACUGGGAGUCCUCUCAGCCUCAGCCUUGCAGAGCCUGUCUGGAAGCAGCUGGCCGGGAUGAGCCUCAACAUUGCUGACCUGAGUGAGGUGGAUAAAGAUUUCAUUCCUGGGCUCAUGUACAUCCGUGACAACGAGGCUACCUCAGAGGAGUUUGAGGCCAUGGGCCUACCCUUCACAGUGCCUAGCGCAAGUGGCCAGGACAUUCAGCUGAGCUCCAAGCAUACUCACAUCACACUAGACAACCGGACUGAGUAUGUUCGCCUGGCCAUAAACUACAGACUCCAUGAGUUUGAUGAGCAAGUGGCUGCUGUUCGAGAAGGGAUGGCCCGCGUGGUCCCUGUACCCCUCCUCUCUCUGUUCACUGGAUAUGAACUGGAGACGAUGGUCUGUGGAAGCCCUGAUAUCCCUUUGCAUCUUUUAAAGUCAGUGGCAACAUAUAAAGGGAUUGAACCAUCUGCAUCUUUGAUCCAGUGGUUCUGGGAGGUGAUGGAGUCCUUCUCCAAUACGGAGCGCUCCCUCUUCCUUCGGUUCGUAUGGGGCCGGACCAGGCUUCCCAGGACCAUUGCUGACUUCCGUGGCCGAGACUUUGUUAUCCAGGUAUUGGACAAAUACAACCCUCCUGACCAUUUCCUUCCUGAAUCAUACACAUGUUUCUUUUUGCUGAAGUUGCCCAGGUAUUCCUGUAAACAGGUACUGGAGGAAAAGCUGAAAUAUGCCAUCCACUUUUGCAAAUCAAUUGACACAGAUGAUUAUGCUCGCAUAGCACUUACAGGAGAGCCCACUGCCAAUGGCAGCAGUGAUGACUCAGAUAAUGAGGAUGUAGAUUCUUUCGCCUCAGACUCUACACAAGAUUAUCUAACAGGACACUAA